AAAAACGGUAAUGGGUGACGUCAUCUCUCCUCACCACCGUGACGCCAGCAGAACUCUGGUAAGCCUAUGGGAGAGCAAAUAAGCUAUCAUUUUCCCGUUAUACCCUCGACGCCUUUAUAACUCAUACCUAAUUCUCUCUCUUUUUCUUUAGCAUCUUCCUCUGAUUACUUUCUAUCUCUCAUCCGAAAGAAAACAAAAAGAAAAAGAAAAACCCCAGAGAUAAUCUGUCUCUCUUCUCUCCAUUAUAUUAUUACACCAUUGUCUCAUCUUCAGAUCAUCAUACCAAAAAAAACCUAAAAAGAAAAAGUUCACCUAUAUCCAUUAUAUUGUUGUACAAAAGAAAAUGGAUUCAAAUAGUAACAACACCAAAUCCAUAAAGAGAAAAGUUGUCGACCAACUCGUUGAAGGCUACGAGUUCGCUACUAAGCUUCAGCUUCUCCUCUCUCACCAACACUCUAAUCACCACAUCGAUCACACCCGUAUUGUUUCAUGCGAUCCAGAUCCAGUUGGUGAGCUCAUCGCUAAGAUCUUGGCUUCUUUCCACAAAACCAUAUCGGUUCUUGAUUCUUGUGAGUCCCUUCCUAUGGCCGUCGAGGGUUCACUGAAUGCUUCAUGUGGCGAUGAUUUAACGGCUCCGGCGAGUUGCAACGGUGGAGACUACGUCGAUAGUAGAAAGAGACUUGGGGCUGGUAAAGGCAAAAGAGGAUGCUACACUAGAAAGAAGAGAUGGCAUACUUGGACUGUGGAAGCUAGAAGAAUUGAUGAAGACAAAUAUGCUUGGAGGAAAUAUGGACAAAAGGAGAUUCUUAAUACCAAGUUCCCAAGAAGUUACUUUAGAUGCACUCACAAGCCAACACAAGGAUGCAAAGCAACUAAGCAUGUUCAGAAACAUGAGCAAGAUCCUGAUUUGUUUCAAAUCACAUACAUUGGCCACCACACAUGUAAUGUUAGGGACCAAACACAAGAAAAUACCGAGCCUUUUGAUCAUGGAGUAGUCAUGGAUUCGAACAACACAUUGGCUGCAACCAUUGCUCAAGACCACGUUAAUGCGGAUAUGCAAGAGGAAGAGAUCAACAUCAGUAGUCUGAUUGUAGUAGGCGCAGACAUGGUGAAGGAGGAGGACCAUAACAAUGGCGAUCAAAAUAAAGACUAUUGUGAGGGUUCUUCCGCAAAUGGUGACUUGUCAUUGGUUUGGCAAGACAUGAUGAUGCUUGAUGAUCAGCAGCAUCAUCAGAAUCAAUACUAUAAUGGUGAAGCUAAUACUGGUUCUCAUCAAUUUGCUUUCAUUGACAACGACCAACUAUCCUCCUUAUUUGAUUCAUACUGCCCUUACGAAGGGACAAGUGCUAUAUGAACAUCCAUAUCCAUAUUGAUUUUUCGUAAUUAGGCUAAUAAUCUUUUCUCGUCCUCUCUCUUUGAGUAAGUUUAAUGAAGUGUAAUAUUUUUGUUGUAUGUUUGAUAAAAUACCAUAUGGCAUAUAUUAUCUGUUUCUACCUCUUA